GCCGUCGUUGUCGCAAGUAUCGUUGGCAGAGCAUACAUACCUCCUCAUCGCCAUGGCCUCCUUUCAAGCCGUGAAAAAAGCGGUCAACUUACCGCCCACUGUGCGCACGCUCCCCAGCGGAAUUCCCAGCGCACCACGACUCAAUCUCGCUGCGCGAGCUCCUGCGUCCGGACACCAUGACCACGGCCAUGGCGCGUCUGGUCCUCGCGCAGACGUCCCCACUCGUUUCACCGGUGUAUCGAGGAAUUCAGCAACUGGUCUCGUCUCCAAGACUUUCGUUGUUGCACCUACCACCACCAUCUUCUCGCCUCGUCUUAUCCAUAGUUCUGCAGUAGCGAAGGACGCACCUGAAGUCCCCGACUUCACGCCUUACCAGGCCCAGUCUGAUUCCACCAACCGCGCGCUCUCCUACUUCAUGGUCGGCUCGCUCGGUGUCCUCUCCGCCUCCGUCGCAAAAUCGACUGUGACGGGUUUCCUCGAGACGAUGUCGGCCUCUGCUGACGUGUUGGCGCUCGCCAAGGCCGAAGUCGAGCUGGGUGGCAUUCCCGAGGGCAAGAACGUCAUCAUCAAAUGGCGCGGCAAGCCCGUUUUCAUCAGGCACAGGACGUCCGACGAGAUUCAGGAGGCGAAGACGGCGGAUUGGAAGAAGUUGAGGGACCCACAGAGUGAUGAGGACAGAGUGAAGCGACCGGAGUGGUUGGUGAUGUUGGGCGUGUGCACGCAUUUGGGUUGUGUACCAAUCGGAGAAGCUGGUGACUAUGGAGGAUGGUUCUGCCCAUGUCACGGUUCACAUUAUGAUAUAUCUGGACGUGCUCGCAAGGGUCCUGCUCCAUUGAACCUCGAAGUCCCACCUUAUGACUUCAAUGACGCAGAAGGCAAACUCGUAAUUGGAUAGUCAACUCGGCGAUAUCUUAAUUGUCUCUGUAAUUGGCCCCUAGACACCAACAAUGGAAAUAUUUUAUUGUGGCUAAAUG